GCUGCACGUGAUCUAAGCUGACUGAACAAACAUUCACUGAAUGGUUGAUGGCUUUUUAUCCCCCCUCCCUGCAGGUCUUCCUUAUGGCUGGGAGGAGGCGUACACUGCAGACGGAGUGAAAUACUACAUCAACCACAUGACCCAGACAACAUCAUGGAGCCUCCCUGAGACCAGCAGCAGCAGCGCCUCGGGUCCUCCUCCACCUCCAGAGACGUCAGAGCUGGAGGGAGAGCGAGAUGGGGAGGUCACAGACCGGAGGCCCAGCCCCUCCAUAGAGACAGAGAUGUAAAAACCUGCAGCAGACUCUCCUCUGGUCCCCAUGUUUGCAGCAGCAGGAGGUUUUUAUCUGGCUUCCCUUUGCCGUGAUAAAAAAAACACUCCUAUUAAAGUAAAUUAAAGGCUAAUAUUGUUAAACCUGGGACCUGUUUUCACAUAUGUUGGUUGAAAUAACUAGUAGGUACAAAAGGUGUAGAAUCCGUGCGGUAGAUGAUUCAGCCGGCAGCUUACAUAUUCCUUUGCAGCGAUUGCACCCGUCAAAACGGCGUCCACAGAAAGUGCUUCUUUUGCCGGUGACAACAUCAUGGAAAGGAUCCCCACGAGGGACUCCUGGUGACACCAUUUGUUUUUAAUAAAAAACUAAUGUCUCGCUCAAGGACAAUUAUCGCUUUGAAAUCUCGUGAGAGGGGAGUUGUUGCAGGAAGACGCCGGUGGAAACAAGGGACACAAGAUUUUAAGACAUCCACUGCACAGAUUCCAAAACCUUUUGUACCUAUUAGUCAUAUCCACAUCAAAAUAUGUGAAAAUAGGUUUAAACAUACAGAAAUCACCCUUUAAUGCAUUAAAAAGUUUAACCUCUGCUGGGCCCGCGUGUGCUGUUUGGUCAAGCUUCUUUCAAACCCACACCUUUAUUUUAAAGGAAUAGUUUAGCGAAAUACACUUUUUUGCUUUCUUGCCAAGAGUUAGAUGAGAAGAUUGCUGGCAUAUGAUGAACCUAGCUUUCCAGCCUGUUUUUACGAGAUUACAGCUCCGACUUGGCUGGUUCCUGCCUGCAUUUUAACAAUAUUUACACCCUUGAACACAAUUAACAUCAUCUUGCUGUUAAUAAAACUGAAAAAAGUACUGUGGUGAGUGAACCUAAAGGUUUUACAGACUUUACCGAGUCAAAAUGGCUGCUAGGGCUAACCGAUAUACUGUGCAUUACCUGUGCUAAUCGCUAAUGCUAAUCUCUAGCGUGACUUUAAACACAUGCCAGCCCACCUGUACAUUCAAAUUCCCACUGUAGCCGACCCCAGGCCAAUAAACUCUUAAGAUGUGUCUGUGUCACCACAGCCAUUUGGCAGGUUAAAUGACCGAGAUAUAAAAUGUUAAAUGUGUUAAAUAGUGAGUCUUAAUGCUAAGCUAAGCUAGUUGCAUAUUUACUGUAAAGACAUGAGAGUGGCAUCAGCCUUUUAUCAAACUGUUCCUUAAAAUUCUACAGGAGAUCUCAAAGUAAUAAAUAUGUCAACAAACUAAAGUCUGGGUAGACUGUGUCUAAAAUGAUGCACAAGAUAUUUAGAAAAUGUCCAGGAAUAUGUGUCACUGUUGGACAGUGUGUUUGGUUUUAUUUUAAUAAUCUUGAGGGGACAUUUAGUGGGAGAAACAUCAGAUGUAUAAAUUAGGAUUUACUGGAGAGUCUCUCCAGGUAUGUAUCUGUAAAGCUUCAGUCCAAAGUGUUAAAAAGACAUAAUCUGUUUCAGAAUAAAUUAAUGCUGUAACUCA